CAUCCCCUGCAUUACUUAUUCACUCCAGAAAACUGUGGCAGUUCUGUUGUAUCCUGUUUGCAAGCCACUUUGCAAUCUUUUCUGGUGCUAUUAAUUCUUGGAUCCCAAGUCCCUGUAGCUUUCCUCUGAAAUGCCAAUGGUAUGCCUGUCGGACUUUGAAGAUUAUGCUAAGCAGUACCUACCCAAGACCACUUGGGAUUUUUUUGCAGCUGGAGCAGAUGAGUGUUGCACCCGAGAAGACAAUAUCUUGGCAUAUAAAAGAAUCCGUUUUCGGCCACGCAUGCUACGUGAUAUGUCUGUUAUAGACACAAAGACAACACUUCUAGGGACUGAAAUCAGCUUCCCUGUAGGGAUUGCUCCCACCGGCUUCCAUCAGCUGGCUUGGCCAGAUGGAGAGAAAAGCACAGCCAGAGCGGCUGCAGCCAUGAACACCUGCUAUAUAACCAGCACGUAUUCCACCUGCGCUGUGGAGGAGAUAGCUGCGGCUGCACCCAGGGGCUUCCGUUGGUUCCAGCUCUACAUCCACCGCAACAGGGCACUCACAGCACAGCUGGUACAACGGGUGGAGGCCCUGGGUUUCCAAGGCCUAGUGCUUACUGCUGAUCUGCCCUACACUGGCAAGAGACGAGCUGACAUCCACAACAACUUCCAGGUCCCUCCACACAUGAAAGUGAAGAACUUUGAAGGAAACUUUGAAGAAAACAUAUGUACCGAGUAUGGACUGCCCCCUAACUUCAUAGAUCCUUCUAUAAACUGGAAUGACAUCUAUUGGCUGAAGAGCUUGACUCGCUUGCCCAUCAUUGUCAAAGGAAUUUUGACCAGAGAAGAUGCGGAUUUGGCAGCGAGACAUGGAGUUCAGGGCAUUAUUGUGUCAAAUCAUGGUGGAAGGCAACUAGAUGGAGGACCUGCCACUAUUGAUGCUUUGGUUGAAGUUGUGGACAUGGUGCAAGACAAAAUGGAAGUUUAUUUAGAUGGUGGAAUACGGACGGGAAGUGAUGUAUUAAAGGCACUAGCACUAGGAGCAAAAUGUGUCUUCAUUGGAAGGCCAGUCUUAUGGGGUCUGACCUACAAGGGUGAAGAAGGGCUACGAGAAGUUUUGCAGAUUUUGCAUGAUGAACUUCGUUUGUCAAUGGCCCUGGCUGAAAUUCUGCUCUGUCACAGGGAGAGGCAUACAGACACCACCAAUACAUGACAAUGCCUUAUACAUUGCAUAGCGAAUUUCACCAAGGCCAGAACUGGAAAGAGCAUCUUUGGGCAUCAUUUGGCCAACCUAAUAAGGACAGUUUUAAACUAGGUUCCACGGGGGAUGGUGAUCAAAAUCCUCCAGCAGCAGAGCAAAUAAUCCAGAUGGGAAAGGACCAAAAGAAGCAGAUCAACUUUGAGAAAGGCCUAAGGAGCCACAGAACAGCAACAAAUGAUACAAAAGGGAAGCAAGAAGAUCAAAAUGCAAACUACACCUGAUAGCUAUACAAAUGACAGAAGUAUAGGGAAUAAAAAAUAGGAGCUGGAAAUUGCAGCUUGUGAAAAGGAUUAUGAUCUGAUUGAUUUUGCAGAGCUCGCUUUUAUGACAGGAGAUUUUAUGACUGGAAUGUCAACACGAAGGGCUAUACUUUGUUUUGGAAGGAUAAGUUUGAGAGAAUAGGUGGUAGUGUCACCUUGUAUCUCAAAAACACAUACACUUGUUCCCUGGUUCAGAAAGAAGAAGAGAGCAGAGCAGAAUGCUUUAGGGUGAAGAUGAACCUAAUAAAAUGAUAGGGAUUUAUUAUAGGCCACCAAAUGAGGAAGAAGAGAUGUAUGAGGCUUUCUUCAAGAAAUUGACAAAAAUAUCCAAAAACUAUGGAGUGGUACUGAUGGGAGACUUUAGUUUUCUGGAUAUCUGGUGGAAGAACAAAACAACCAAACAUAAAAUGUUGAGUGACUUCCCAACUUUUAUGGAGGACAACUUUGCAGUCUAGAAGUUUGAGGAUACAACUAGGGAAUAAUCUAUUUUAGAUUUUGUCCUGAUUAAUAAGACCAUGUGGAGGAUGUGAAGGUGAUGGGCAACUUGGGAGGAAGAGAUGGUGAAACCAUGGGAGCAACAAAAAAUUAGGUUAGAUUUUAAAAAGGUAGAUUUCACCCAGCUUAAGAAGUUGAUAGGCAUGAUUUCAUGGGAAGAUACAGAGAAGGAUAAAAACACCCUGGAGGGCUGGGAGCUUCUAAAGGGAGCCCUAGGUAGAGUAGGAGGACCACAGCAGCUAAUAUCCUGCUUGUGUAGAACAAUGAGGCAGUGGAAGAUGGAUGAGGGAAGCUGUGAACUCUCCAUUACUGGAGGCAGGGAUGGAUUAACCCUUUAGUGAGCCCUAGGCAAACAAAUAUGUGGGCCCCGGGCAAGUUGAGACCCCCCCGCCUUCCCACCCUAGUGCUGCCGCCUGCAGGGAGCAGGGCUUGGAGCCACUGCUAGGAAGCGGCCGCAAUUGCAGUGAGACCAACAGAGGGGAAGGGAAGGGAAGGGAAGGAAAGGGAAGGGAGACAGACGGGGCCAUUUGCACUGCCACUGCUGAGGGAGGGACUGGAGCCCCCUACAGCUCAGAGCCCUAGGCAUGUGCCUAGUUUCCCUAUGCAUUAAUCUGGCCCUGACUGGAGGUGUUUAAGAACAGCUUGGACAGCCACUGGUCAAGGAUGAUAGAAGCAUAGCUAUGCCUAUGUUGUAUUACGGGUAUUUCCCAUGCUUCUGGGCUUUGCUGGUUGUCCCAUUGGGCUGGGGGGGGGACGAGGAAUUCUGUUCGAACCCCCCCUCCCCACAACCCUUUCUGCCGUGUGUCAGGGGAGGGGUUUUUUUAGCCAUCUUCAGAGGCAUUGGGUAUUGGCUGCAGCCAAAGCUGGAGAUGUUGACUAGGGUAUUUCAGUACUUCUGCUGGGACUUAAACUCAGAGGUUCCUGGCUAGAGGGUCUUGCCCUUCUACUCAGAGUCAAACCAACUGCCAUAUUUGGGGUCAGAAAGGAAUUUUACCCCAUGGUCAGACUGGUACAGACUGUGGGGGGGGGGGGGGGGUUGUCUUCCUCUCAAGCAGCAGGGGUGGCCCUCUACCUGGGAUCUCUUGAGCAUAUAUUAACAACCUUUCACUGAAACAGGACAUUGGCUGCUGUGGACUCUGGUCACCCUGCUUUUCCUGUGGCAGGUUAGGUUGCUAUGUCUUGUGUUGUGUCAGGAUUAGCACUCGAUUUACUAAGAGGUUCGAUCAUUGAUUGUACAGGGUAGUUUGGAUAGGGAUGAUGCUGCCUCAGGCAGGGGGUUCCACUACAUGAUCUAUGGAGUCUUACUUCUGUAUGAUUCUUUGUAUAAAAUCUAAUUAUUGGAAGGUCUUCUUAAAUCAGUAGCUCCCAACCUUUUUUUGCUUCAACCCUAAAUCCGGAUUGCAACCCCCACCCCCGCCACCAGCUCACUUAUGCCCGGCCGUGCCAGUAGAGCCCAGGCCGGGCUGGGAUCAUGGGGGGCAGUGGUGGUGAGAGCCAUGCAGACCAUGCAGUGGGAGAACCCCACAGGCAGGAGGAGGAGAGCAAGGGGCAGACCGCCUGCGACCCUGAUUUGGGUCGCACCCUGAGGUUGGGAGCUACUGUUUUAAAUUCAUGUCCGUACAGCUGCAGCAUGGAAAGCAGUGGAAGACAAACAGGCAGCUGGGGUGCAGCAGAUGGCUCCCUUGCCCUCUGCCCCACUGGCCACUUCUUCCCCCUGUUGCCUACCCCACUUGUGCCUGCACCCCCCAGCAUCUGCCCCAUCACCUCUGCCCCAUGCCUGCUGCCUGCAGCCUCUGCCUUCUGCAGCCUAUGCCCCUCACUGCUUUGCACAGCCUCUUGCCCUUCCCCCCACCAUUAUUAUCAGAUGCAGCUCCAGCCCCAUUCCCUCCCAGGCAUGGAGCACAUGAAAGUGUGGCCCAUGCCCAGGUAUGCAGCAGCAUCCUGGGGGUUGGGGCUGCCACUGUUGCUGACUGACCAAGGAAAGGACAUAGUUUCUCUGUGCUCUGGGCCCCAGGAAGGAAUGGAGCCAGAGCCAAACCCACAUCUUAGAGUAAGAAGUAAGGGAAGGGGCAGAGGCUGAGGGUUGGGGGGAGAGGUGGGGGGGCAGGCUCAGGGCUGAAAUCAGAGCCACAGCAGCCACCUGCCACCACCCCCCUCCCUCCACUUUGUACUCAAAUCCAGGACAAGGGGCUUUUUCCGUCAUGCUGGAUGAGGAGAAAAAAACUAAUCUUGGAUGAUUUGUGUAAACAUGGUCCUUUUUUAGCACAUGUCUAUUUCUAUUUGAACCUAGGGGCAAAGGUGAAUCCAUAGUGGGUGCAGUGGGUGGAUCUAUACCCCUUUUGGAUUGGACUCUACCACAGGAACUUCUGCAGGCUUUAGUCCCCUCCCCUUCCCUUUCCCUCUCCUCCCCCUCCAGCCAGGCUGUGGGAGCUGGGCUCUGCUGGGAACAGUGACAGUGGCAGUGGUGGGCAAUGGGUGGGAAGGACUGUCCCUCUUGCACCUGCUCAUGGGGGCCAGGCAGAGAGGGGGAACCAACCCCCUGCCCAUCUCUGUUGCUAUCACUGUGGCUGAGCCCAGGCCACUGGCUGGAGUGGUGAGGAGUGGCUUUGAAGCUUCUCCUGCUCCCAGGACAAUGAGGAAAGCAGCAAUGGCAGGCAGAGAAGCAGGGGAAGGGGUGGGAAAUGCUUAUCUGCUUUGGGAACUGAAAAAUUUUGAAGAGGCUCUCACAGUUCAUUCUGUGUGCACCAGUAUGUGGAGGAGACUGGGAGCAGGGGUACAGCCACUCCUACAGCAUGUGGGGUUGGUCCCGCACCCUCAUUUGCCAAAUCCUGGAUCUGUCCCUGCCUAUAGGUAAGUCUAAGUAACACGAAGGAGUAUAGCUUUUGCUUGAAAUAAGCAGGCCUAUAAAAAGUAGGCCCUCCUUGAGGUGGGGCAAGGGAGGACUCUGCCUGCUCCAUAACUCAAUAAAUAGGGAAGACACCAUUUUGGGAGAAGGCACUCAGCCAAGCUAGGUUGGAAUUCAUUGAGUGUUUCCUAUUGCCCACAAACUUUCCACAGUGCUAGCAAUCCCAUCACCUGAGAAAAAGCCAUGAAAGCUAGCAACACUGUUAAACCUCAAAGCUACCAUUGGGUUUCAGAGCAGCUACAUAAGAGGAGAUUUAAAGACUAAACUACCCUGGGGCGCCCUGGAAUUCUUGCUAAGCAGCUUUUUCCAUCAGGUGUAAAGAGAAAGAGAGUAGAGGGGGAAGAGGAGAGUGGUGGGUAAAGAGAUAAUUAUAGACUGACCAAGGCCUAAUGUAAGAAGUUCCUGAUUCAUGAUGACUCAGACCUCUGUCAGUACCUGCUGACAAGGGACUGUAUGUGAAGCUAUGAGAUGUCAGCACAGUCUAAAGCAGUGGUGGGCAAAAUGUGGCCCAGGGGCCGGAUGUGACCUGCCAGGCCAUUCUCUCCAGCCCGUGGGAACCCUAAAAAAUUUAGAAAAUUAAUAUUUAUCUGCCCUGGGCUGCCUGUCACGCAGCCCUCGAUGGCUUGCCAAAACUCAGUAAGCAGCCCUCUGCCCAAAUUAAUUGCCCACCUCUGGUCUAAAGGAAGCAGCCUGGAUGGACCCCAUGAUGUCUUAGCUGAGGUUUUCGCACAAUGGUUUUACCAGUAUGCUAUCUCUGACAACCCAGUUUAAGGAAAUAGGGCUUGGGUACUUUUUAUGAACAAACCAAUUUCACUAGGAAAUAGCACAGGUCCAUGUCAUAGAUUUAUUCUCCACCUGGAACCUGACCUGAAAGGCAUCAAAAUCUGCUGUUGUCUGGCAAAGGUGCAGCAAUAUUAGCUUGCUUCUAAGACAAUGUUUAAAAAGUGAUUUGGUUACAGUCAUUCCCCAGCUCUAUUAGCAGCAGCCCACUUCCUUACAGCAGAGAGCUACCACCUCCCCAACCGCUCCUGUCUCAAUUCCCAACUUUCCGUCUAUCUACUAGGGACACAAGGUUAGAGGAGAGAGUGGUCUCAGGAAAAGAGUAAAGAGGAAACAAAUCCACUACACUGCAGAGGGGCAGCUCCAAACUCUUCAUUUUCUGUCCCCAGGAGCUCUGCCUUUAUUAGGACUGAAUUUGCCUUCUGGUCCUGCUCACAGCACCUUGAGAUCUCUAGGGGUCUUGGGGUCUGCCUUUGCCCACCCAGUGUGCCUACGACUAUUUCAUGUUUGGAUUCAUGAAAGCCUUGUAGAUUUCUGGACUGACAAUAAUGACUUUAAAAACUUGUAGAACUCUAUUAGAAGUGUUAAAGCCAGGUGCCUGGCUCAUUUUUUUUUUAAAGAAAUAUAGUCUUUAUUCCUGUCACAGUGUCCAGGAAAUAGGAGAUAAAUAGCUACUGCAGAGUUGUCCUCACAAGGUUAUCAGUAUGAUACAUUAUUGUUUGUAGGGGAACAUCCUUGAAAUCUAUCAAAAUGCUUAUUUUGCUGUAAUUCCUGAGCUUUAUCUGUGUGGUUGCAAGUCUCUGUCAAGGUUUGUUAUCACUGGAACACAGAGAAGGGCCCUGAGUGAAGGACUGUGAAGUAUCAGUGGAGACACAUGUAUCUCAGACAACUUAAGUUCUAAAUAGGAUAAGCUUACUGAAAGCCUUUUACACCUGUUAAACUCCCAUUAAAAAAAGACAGCACCCAAAAGGCCACUUUUUAACAUCAUGGCUCUUCUCACCAUCCAAAUAAAAUUUGGGAAUAUGCCAACUACAGUAAAGAAACAACAAUAAUAGAAAAAUAGAGAGACCUCACUCUCUCUAGAUGGGCAUCCAUUGCUCAAGAUGUCAUACAAAAAUAAAGCAGAAAAUGUUAGAGUCUAAAUAGUCCAGGCAAACCUUUGUAGAAAGAGGACAUACAAGCAAUCUAGUAAAAGAUAAAAUGAGUAAUGAC